AUGGUUCUGGACCCUUUCACUUCGCUUAGCCUCGCCUGCAGUGUGGUUCAAUUUGUUGACUUCACGUCGAAGCUGUUGAGUCAAUCCAAGGAAAUCUACGACUCUGCGGUGGGAUCGACCAAGGAUAGUGAGGACCUGGAGGAAAUCUGCACCGAGCUCCGCGAUCUCAGCCAGCACAUCGUCACUACAUCCUCAUCUCAAGCAUCAAGAUUCGGUGCCCUCGACAAUAGGGAACAGGCCAUACAGAAGCUCGCGCAAGAAUGUUCGGCCACAGCGGACGAGCUCAUUACAGCUCUGCGGUCACUUUCGCUCAACAAGUACCCUCGGCGUAGGGCUGCAUCCGUCUACGCUGCCCUGCGGACCGUCUGGAGCAGACGUAAGAUCGAAGCCCUGGAAGCUAGGAUGGACAAAUAUCGCGAUCAACUAGCGGUCAAUAUCAUAGCGCUCACUAGCGACAAGAACGGCACCGUUCUUGAAGCCCUUCAAAAUCUCAAAGACCAGUGUCAUGACAUGCAGCUGAAGCAGGAUACUCGACUUGGCGAUGUUGAGAAGGUCCUCGCCGAUAUCAGAAUCAAAAUUAUGGCAGUAUCCAAGGGCGCGGCACUACAAAGCGGAACAGAACACAACCUGCCGGACCCUUCUUACGGCUUGCCCAAAAGGUUGUCCGAAGUUGCUUCGCUAGCCAACACGAUAUCCGCCGAGCAAGAGGUUCUCACAUCCCUGCACUACAAGGUCAUGAAGACCCGUUAUGAGAGCAUCCCGGAGGCAUACCAGCAAACCUUCGACUGGAUCUUCAAGGCCUCACGCUCGUCGUCGGUGGGAUCGAAAACCACUUUCCGCAGCUGGCUAAAAUCGAAGAGUGGGAUUUUCUGGAUCACCGGCAAGGCCGGUUCCGGAAAGUCGACAUUGAUGAAGUUCCUCGGCUCGCACGAGCGGACGUCGAGAGCGCUGAAGAGUUGGGCCGCCCCUGACGCAUGCGUCAUUGCCAACUUCUACUUCUGGAGCCUCGGCACGGAACUGCAGAAGACUCAAGAGGGUCUGCUUCGAUCGCUGCUCUUCGAGGUUCUCAGGCAAUCCCCCGACUUGAUGCCGACUGUCUGUCCCGACCGUUGGAGAUCGUCACAAAUCAGCGGCGCAAGGAAUAGUUUGAUCACAUCUUGGACCUUGUCCGAGCUUCGAGAAACCAUCACCAGGCUCUCGCAGGCCAAUGGUCUGUCGAAGAGGUUCUGCUUCUUUAUCGACGGUCUCGACGAAUACUCAGGGAACCACCUAGAGAUCACCAAGAUCCUCAGGGAGCUGUCCUCCAGCCAGAACAUCAAAAUAUGUGUCUCAAGCCGACCUUGGAACGUAUUCGAGGACGAAUUCGGUCGGGAUGACGACAGGAAAAUCUACAUCCAUGAUCUCACUCGAGGGGACAUCACGAAAUAUGCCCAGGGAAAGCUUCAAGAGCAUCCCAAUUGGAGGCUGAUGUCCGUCCAGAGCACGAGAUACGAUGCCUUGGUCCAAAAUAUCACAGAUAAGGCGCAAGGUGUCUUUCUAUGGGUGUUCCUCGUCAUCCGCUCGCUUUCGGAGGGUCUCACUAAUGGUGACACGCUCUCGAUACUCGAGGCCAGGAUUCGUCAAUUUCCAACAGACCUGGAACAAUAUUUCCGGCAUAUGCUCAAUUCUGUCGAGUCCAUCUACCACCAUCAGAUGGCUGAGACGUUCCUGGUUGCUCUGAAUGCAUCCCGGCCGCUAUCCCUCAUGCUUUACUCCUUCCUAGACGACUUUUCAGGGGCUCCGGGCAGGGCUCUUACCUUUCCCGUGCAAGGCAUGGAUAAUUAUGAUAUAUCGUUGCGACACCAGCAGAUGAGACGGAGGCUCAAUGGAAGAUGUAAGGGCCUCCUGGAAAUAUAUCAGGACCCUGGAAGUGUGGAUUACUUGGGGUAUCGAGUUGAGUUUCUUCAUCGGACGGUACGAGACUUCCUGGACACCAAGGAAAUGGCCAACUUCUUGCUAGAAAAUGCGCCAGAUAUCGACACCAAUGAAUCGACCCUACAUGGGUUCAUAGUCCUUAUCAAAUCGCUACCUCAGAGGGAAAGCUAUCUGGCAGAAGGCGGCCCGUUGUCCAGCCUCCUUCUGGAGGCUUUCCAUUACGCCUAUGUAUCCGAGCGCAAACGCGGUCAACCCCAAACAGACCUGUUAGACGAGCUCGAAGAUGCCUUGGAUACUCUAUCUUCCACCCUCAAAUGCAGAAUUCCUUGGUACACGGGGUGCUACGGCACCGCCACCGAGCCGAGACCUAUUUGCACAAGCUUUCUGGAGUUCUCAAUUCAGAGUGGCCUGGAACUUUAUGUCAGAGAUCGGCUCACGAGAGCUCUCCCCAUGGACAGCGACGUCUCCGAGGACAGCUUGCUCAAGUGUGUCUUGGCGCCGUCACCCUACCCUUCCGCCGAAGAGCCAGACCUGACCGGCCUCCUGGCCUUCCUGCUCUCCCGCCGCCGCACCCCGGCUGUGCCGGACGUGCAAUGGCACGCAUUCAUCCGUCGGUCCGUCUCGGCGUUUUGCGGCCAGACUAGGGUCGCCGAGAAUCCAGCCUCGGCGCGCUGCCGGUGCCGCAUGAUCGAGCUGCUGCUCAAGCACGGAGCGGACCCGGACGUACAGUGCGGCGACACGGAUCUCUGGAACGACCCCAUCAUCCAGCAGGUCCGUGCCAACAGCUGGGAGCCCAUCUGGUGGCCGCUUCUGAAGUGGGCGCUGAGGGACACUACCGCGUCGUCCGAGAUGCUGGACGUCGUCGCGCUCGCGCUGUGCGCCUUUCUCCGUGCCGCGCCAAAGAAGAAAUACGCGCUCGGGGCGGCCUCCCACGGCAGGUACGGGUCGGUGUGGACGGAUUUGUGUUCUGAGGUCUUUGACAGGAGGGGGACCGCCGCCGGCGGUGCCAAGCCGGCCAAGCUCGAAUUCGAGGCAGCGGUGCUGAGGGCGUAUCUCGUCUAUGGCGGCGCGGACCCAGGCAAGGUUGAGGGCCUCAGGGAAAAGAUCGCCGAGCACUUCCCCCAGAGGAGGUUCUCCAGGCCUCUGCUGGACGCGAUCGACGCCGCGAUCGAGGCUAAGGUGACGCCUCGGCGGGCUGCUGACGAGCGGCCGCCUGUGCCGCAAGGUGCUCUGGCAUGGCUGUGGGCGAGGACGGGCGGUCUGCUCUUGGGAAGUGGCACCUGA